CCCCCCCACCCCCACCCCAGCCCUCCACCUCAGCUGGAUGGGUAGGGCUUGGGAAGUUCAGCUACAGGACCCCAAGACGGGGACAAAAGAGUUAAGUGAUGUUGCUGUCACCUGAGCUGGGUAUCGGAUUACCUGGGUCAGGUUAUUUGGUAACUGGUGGAGCCUGCCUGAGGCUGUUGGCUGUGUUUGGGUAAGUCUGAACACAGGAAGAGCUUGGGGCAGGUGGGCUUGGGGAGGAGUCCCCAACUAGGGUAAAGGGCUCUUACUGGGGGGCCUCACUGAUCUCUGUUCUCAGGUCCAUGGCUCAACCCCCAUUGCCAGGCCCCAGGCCCCCAUCAGAGACCCUCCACCACCCCCCUGCAGCACCCAGGGAACCAGACACUGCUGGAUGCACCAUCUGCCCUGCCUCUGGGGAGGAGAGAGUCAGGCCAGCACAACCCCAGAGACAGGAGCAGGACUCCUUGGACCCUCCUGAGCAUUUCCAGGGUAGCCCCCCCAUGUUGCCGGCACCCCCUUCUUGUGAGGACCCAGCUGAGGGCAAACACCUUGAGCACCCAAUCUCCAGUAGGGAGGUAUUGAAGGCUGAGCAGGACAGCCUGUACCUCUGUCUGCUGGGGCUGGGCCUUCGACUGCAGGACCUGGAGCGAGGCCUGGGACCCUGGGCACUGACUCAGAGCGGGAUGGUCCAGUUGCAGGCCCUUCAGGCAGACCUCCAUGAGGCAGCUGAACGAGUAGAUGCACUGCUGGCAUUUGGUGAGGGGCUGGCGCAGCAGAGUGAACCUCAAGCCCAGGCACCCCUGGAGCAGGCCCUGAGGACCCUCGGAGCCCACCGAGACAGCAUCCUCUGGCGGCUGUGGCAGCUGCAGGCCCAGCUGGUCAGCUACAGCCUGGUGUUCGAGGAGGACAACACACUGGACCAGGACCUGGAGGUGGAGGGGAACUCAGACGGGCCAGUGCCUGGUGGAAUUUGGGGGCCCUGGGCACCCAGUAGUCUCCCUACUCCUGCAGAGUUGGAGUGGGACCCAUCAGGAGAUGUUGGAGGUCUUGGGCCCUUGGGGCGAAAGAAAGUUUGGACACCUGGACCUCGCUGCGAGCUGUGUGGACACAGGAGUCUCCAGGGCAGGGGACAAGGCGUUGAGGAUGUGUUCAUGUCAGGUCUCAGUCAUCGGAAACACUUAGCAGGCCAUCAAAGAUACUCUUUACUCCAGAAGUCUCAGGCCAAGAAGAGGCGAGCAUCUCCUACUCUCCAGGAUGUGAAGCUGGAGGUGGACCCUGGAGUCCCUGCUUCUGCAUCCAGGUGGCCCCUGACCUUCUUCAUUCUCCUUCUCCUCUUCCUCCUGGUGGGUGCCACCCUGCUCCUGCCCACAUCAGGGGGUCCCUGCUGCUCUCCUGCCCGACUGGUCAAGACACCUCACCUGGCGCUCAGCUAUGUCAAUGGCCCCCCUCCAAUCUGAGUACACAGCUGAGACAUGUAAUAAACCGUCACUGUCAGAAGAUGCA